AUGGCGCAAGUCAUGCAAUCGGCUGUGAGGCUGCCGUCGCCUGAGCCUGGUGAUGCUACGUUACCAGCAGAAGUCUCUGGGAGUUCAGCACGCAAACGACCAUCCACAUCCCGCUCACCUUCACCACGCCGUGAUGCUCCAGCGCUGCGACGGAGAUCAUACUCUCGCUCGCCACCACCACCUCCUCGAAAUGGUCCUCUGCCGCGUGAUGUCGACCGCUCACGAGCCAUGGAACGAGCACGCCAACUCGAAAUGCGACAGCGCGACGACGUGGAACCCGCCAAACCACUCACGGAUGCUGAGAAGCAGGCUGCGGCCAAAGUAGAGUACGACAAAUUGCUCAAUAUGCGUUCGGGCGGUACCUAUAUCCCUCCGGCCCGACUGAAGGCUCUCCAGGCGCAAAUCACCGAUAAGACCUCGAAGGAGUACCAGAGGAUGGCUUGGGAGGCGCUCAAGAAGAGCAUCAACGGUCUUAUCAACAAAGUGAACGUCAGCAACAUCAAGGACAUCGUGCCAGAACUGUUCAACCAGAACUUGGUUCGUGGUCGAGGCCUAUUCUGCAGGAGCAUCAUGAAGGCACAGGCUACCAGCUUACCCUUCACACCCAUCUUGGCUGCUAUGGUGGCGAUCGUGAAUACGAAGCUGCCACAGGUGGGCGAGCUGCUUAUCAAUCGCCUGAUCAUCCAGUUUCGAAAGGCUUUCAAGAGGAAUGACAAGAGUGUGUGCGGUUCUGCUACAGCAUUUAUCGCACACUUGAUAAAUCAGCAGGUUGCGCAUGAGAUGCUCGCGGCGCAGAUCCUGCUUCUACUCCUGCACAAACCUACAGAUGAUGGUGUGGAGAUUGCGGUCGGACUUAUGAAGGAGGUGGGACAGCAUAUUGAGGAGAUGAACAGUCAGAUUGCACUGGCGGUGUAUGAUCAGUUCCGAAGCAUUCUGCACGAGGCAGACAUCGAUAAGAGGGUGCAGUACAUGAUCGAGGUUUUGUUCCAGAUUCGCAAAGACAAGUACAAGGAUCACUUGGCUGUGAGGGAGGAGUUAGAUCUAGUGGAAGAGGAGGAUCAGAUCACACACCGACCCGGGCUGGAUAAUCAGAUGACGACGGAGGAUGGGCUGAAUGUCUUCAAAUUUGACACCGAGUACGAGGCGAACGAAGAGGCGUACCUCAAGCUCAGGGCUGAAAUAUUGGGUGAAGCGUCUGGUAGUGAGGACGAGGACGAGGACGACGAGGAUGCAGAGGAUGAGAGCAGCGAUGAGGAAGAGGAUGAGAAGGAGAAGGCCGUGGAGAUCAAGGACCAGUCGAAUACUGAUCUCGUGAACUUGCGAAGAUCGAUCUAUCUCACAAUCAUGUCCUCUGGAGGGUUUGAGGAAGCAUGUCAUAAACUCAUGCGCAUCAACCUACCUGCCGGCAAGGAGGAAGAGCUCCCGAGCAUGAUCAUCGAGUGCUGCUCGCAGGAACGAACUUACAACAAAUUCUUUGGCCUAAUCGGCGAGCGCUUCUCAAAGCUCAAUCGCAUGUGGAAGGAUCUAUUUGAGCAGAUGUUCACCAAGUACUACGAGACCAUCCACCGGUACGAAACAAAUCGUCUGCGUAUCAUUGCGCAGUUCUUUGGACACCUCUUAGCUAGCGACGCACUCAGCUGGGAAGUACUACAGGUCGUCAAGCUCAACGAAGAGGACACCACAUCCUCCUCCCGUAUCUUCAUCAAGAUUCUAAUCGAAGAUCUUGCGCAAGGUGUAGGUAUGAAGAAGCUCACCGAUCGACUUAGAGCAGACGAACUUCAGCCUGCACUCGCCGGCAUGUUCCCGACAGACAACCCGAAGAACACUCGCUUCAGCAUCAACUUCUUCACGGCUAUUGGGAUGGGUCAGCUUACAGAGGGUAUGCGUGAGUGGCUCAAGAACAUGCCGAAGCCAGCACCUGUUGCUUUGCCACCGGCACGCAGUCCUACGCCUAGCAGUAGGGAGCGAAGUGAGAGCGUGUCGAGCUAUAGUAGCUACAGCAGCUACUCGAGCAGAGAUGCUUCUCGUAGUCGGUCACCGCCAGGGAGAGAGGCGAGGGGCCGGAGUCUUAGCAGGACACCACCGAGACGCGACAGGAGUGCGAGCUACGAUUCGCGAUCACGAUCGCCACCGAGACGCAGUGCCAGGAGUGCGAGCUACGAUUCGAGAUCACCACCACCGAAGCGUGGGACACAGGAUCGUGAUGAUUCUCGGUCUCCGCCUCGCCAGAAAAGGUACUCUUCCAUCUCACGCUCACCACCACUAAGACGACCGACGAACGGCAAAGCUCGCGCAUUAUCGGCCUCACGCUCUCCUACCCAGACACGAGGCCGUGCCACAACAGACUCCCGCUCGCCUCUGCCCCGAAAACGAGGUCGCUCAUACUCUGCCAGUUCCUACGACUCCCGCUCACUAUCUCGAUCACGCUCGCCUCCGCCACGAAAUACGCCAGCUACGCGCGACGACGGCCCGGCAAGGAAGCGGAGGAAGAAUUCUAGUUCGCCCGAAAGGUCGAGAUCGCCACCGCGGAGACAAGUGGAGGCCAAGGCUGAGGUGGAGGCGAAGAAGGAUGAGAGUGAGGAUUUGAGUCAUAUUCAUCCGAGUAGACGGGGAUUGAUGGGCGGCGGAGGCGCAGGAGGAAGGGCCAGGGCUAGUGAUUUUAUGUGA